AUGGAGGACUUUUCUACCAGGACCUACGGCACCAGUAUCCUGGACAACAGACCUCUGUUUGGAGAGAUGUCUGCCAAGGAUCGUAUCAUCAAUUUAGUUGUUGGCAGCUUAACAUCCUUAUUGAUCCUAGUAACAUUGAUCAGUGCUUUUGUUUUCCCUCAACUACCUCCGAAGCCACUGAAUAUAUUUUUUGCUGUCUGCAUCUCUUUGAGUAGUAUUACUGCCUGCAUACUUAUCUACUGGUAUCGGCAAGGAGACUUGGAACCGAAAUUCAGAAAUUUAAUUUACUAUAUCUUAUUUUCCAUCAUCAUGUUAUGUAUAUGUGCAAACCUGUACUUCCAUGAUGUGGGAAAGUGA